CAAAUAUCACAUUGAUAUUUCAACUGUCCACGAAGUAACCAAAUUACUAGGCACUAUUUAUUUAGUUUAUGUCAGCUAAAUGCUAACGGAGCAUUUUGAUUUGAUAAAAACAGUACACAUACUUCUAAACGUAUUUAAUUAUUAGAUAAAUAAGCUUUUAUAAAAUAUAAAUAUAUACAGAUGUUACCAUGUUAGGAAUUAGAUAUAAAAAAAGAAUAUAAAUAUUUUAAUGAAUUUAUUUCGGAAAUUCCCUUCGCGCUCUUCUGUAAAAUUGCUUAUUUAUGAUACAUUGAUUCAUAGUGCUAACAUUAUGGAGUCAAGCUCGUCUACAAUGGCUUCAGAAUCUUGGAGAGGCGUUCCGAUUACAGAAAUUUUGGGUGCACGGUCCCCUUGGACCACCCCAGAGUUCCCAAUGGUGUCACCAUCCUAUAACCACUCUGUGCUUUAUCAUGUGCCCUGUAAUGGUAGCAUAUCAACAGAUAAACCUCCGAUACCACAGAAAGGGCAAGAAAAAUGGGACCAUGAUUUUGUGAGAAUGCCUUUCUCGAAUAAAAGUUUGUACCCAGUUAUAGAUCCAAAUGGAGAGACCCAUUUAAAGAGAAGAUGGCCUUUGAUUCAAGAGGCCCUUCAGAAGCCUAUCCGUAACAGUCAUGAUUUGGGUGAAGCCAUCUUGUCAUACAACAGUAGAAAUAGAUGGACAUUCCCAGCACUGCAUAGACUGUUUGAAGAUUAUGUAGAUGAGGAGGAAUCACAGAUGUUCUUUGAUGUGAUUCUGCCAGGAAUAAUAAAAUUGGCCCUGGCAUUACCAACAUUGAUCCAGUCACCCAUACCAUUGCUUAGGCAUCACAAGAAUCAUUCAAUAUCGUUAUCACAGCAGCAGAUUGCCAGCCUCCUGGCGAAUGCAUUUUUGUGCACAUUCCCCAGACGAAACAGCUACAAGAAAGCUUCAAAGGAAUACUAUGGCUAUCCAAAUAUAAAUUUCAGUUCGUUAUAUGAGGCAACACCAAUAGAUUCUGUCUUAGAGAAGUUGAAGUGCAUUUGCCAUUACUUCCGGAGAGUUUGUUCCAAAGUCCCUCUCGGCGUGAUGACGUUCACGCGCCGCCACGUGCCGCAGGACAGGCGUCCGCGCUGGGCGGCGUCCGACCGCCAACUGGCCGCCGUGCCCAUACACGUGGACAGCGCCACCGCUAUUGAAGACGCUCACGGGUUAAUUCAGCUCGACUUUGCUAACAAAUAUCUCGGUGGCGGCGUGUUGGGUCAUGGUUGUGUACAAGAGGAGAUCCGUUUCGUGAUUUGUCCAGAGCUGAUGAUUUCCAUGCUGUUCACUGAGAUGCUACAGCCCGAUGAAGCGUUGAUAAUGAUUGGUUGCGAGCGUUAUAGCAACUACUCCGGCUACGGCGACAGCUUCCAAUUCUCGGGCGACCACCGAGACGAGACCCCCAGCGACUCCAGCGGCCGGCGGCGCUGCGCUGUGCUCGCUGUGGACGCCUUGCCUUUCAGGAGUCAGAGGGCGGAGUUCCAGCCGCAGAUGAUAACAAGAGAACUCGAUAAGGCGUGGGUAGGCGUUUCAUUCGACACGGAACCAGAUCCUACCUCGACUCAAUACCCGGGUAUAGCUACAGGGAACUGGGGCUGCGGCGCAUUUGGCGGUACUCCUAGACUGAAAGCUCUCUUACAACUGAUGGCGUGUGCGCAGGCGAGAAGACCAAUGGCGUACUUCACUUUCGGGGAUUUAGCCUUGAGGGAUGAUAUAGUGGAUGUGUAUAAUGUGUUGUCCAGGCAUAAUGUUACAGUCGGAAAGCUGUUUGAAUACAUCGUGCAGUACACGCAGCCUUCUGAAGGAAAGCGUGUAGACUUGUACACGUAUCUACCUCAAUUGUUGCUAGAGUUGAAUAGACCGCCCCCACAAACAAAACCAGAGUCGUGUUCCACUGAAAUUAUGGAUACUAGUUUGGAAGAACAGAUGAUAACGAGCUCCAUAGAGAAAGAUUUCUUGAACGACUCGCCCGAUUUGUUUUCACAAGACGAGUUCCAACAAGUUGUAACAAAAUCCGAACAAAUUACAAAUACCGCCCAAUCAAUGUCUAGUAAAGAGGCUGAGAAAACUUCUAAAUCCUUGUUUGAAACUAUGCAAGAAUUAGACGAAGAUAGUUCUAAAUUGAAUUUAAAUAAUUCCCGUAAUGCAGUAAAAAGGGAAUCAGUACGCGCCGAGGACGUAUCUAUGGAUUGCACAGAUUCACCCAAGCUUGUCAAAAAGAAAGCAUGCAAUCCGAAAAUUACGGAUUAUUUUAACAAAAAAUCUAGUUGAUGAACUUUUGUGAAUAAAGCUUGUUUUUAUUUA